CGUGUGCACUCUCGUGUCUUCCAUGUCUGACAAGGCGUCCAUUCACAGCGAGACCAAGUCCGAAAAGACUGUUGCAGAACACGACGGUCACCACCAGCGAGCACGAUGGCAGCGCAUACCAUUUCUUCCAGUGACCGCACCUCCACCCAAGGCAUCCAUCCAAGACGCAGAACUUUUGCCCGAGGCAAAGGCAAACUGGUUUCAAGUUCUUACCUUCGGCUGGAUUACUGCUCUGCUUGCUCUCGGUUAUGCUCGUCCACUGGAGGCUCCGGACCUCUACAAGCUGCAAGACAACCGAGGAGCAGCGUUCAUUGGUGACCAUAUCACCGCGUCCUUUGAAAAGAGGCGCUUGGCCGCGGCAGAAUACAACCGUCGUCUGCAGAACGGUGACGUCAAGCCCGGCAUAAAAGCGUUGUGGUGGUCCCUUCGAGGAUACCGCGCCGAGCGGGAGAAGAAAUGGAGAGAAAAGGACGAUUCUUAUACUGGUCACCGGGCGGGAGACUACGCCUCCAUCCCACCAAUCGGCAAAGGCAUUGGUUUGACCUUUGGUUUGCUAGGAUUGCAAGUCGUUGCGUCGCUAUGCACGCACCACUUCUUUUAUCGGUCUGCGUCCACAGGCGUUCUCAUACGUGGUGGUCUAAUCAACGCAAUUUAUGCUCGGUCCCUUCGACUAACUUCGCGUGCACGAUCGAAGCUCCCGAACGGCUUGAUAAUGAACCACAUCUCAACGGACGUGUCGCGAAUCGAUUUUUGCGCAGGUUUUUUCCAUAUGGCUUGGACCGCGCCGAUUCAACUGAUCAUAUGUCUCGUUCUUCUUCUGCUGAACCUGGGCCCUAGUGCUCUGGCUGGUUUCGCUUUUUUCGUCAUUGCAGCUCCGGCUCAGACGAUGGUUAUGAAGAAAAUGUUUGGGUUCCGGGCGAGUGGCAUGAAAUGGACCGAUAAACGUGCCAAACUCCUGCAGGAAUUACUUGGAGGCAUGAAGGUUGUCAAGUUUUUUGCAUGGGAAAUUCCGUUUGCCAAGAGAAUAUGGGAGUUUCGACAGAAGGAGAUGUCCUUCGUUCGCUCGUUACUCCUCGUGAGGGCUGCCAACAAUGCCGUGGCUCUAUCUAUGCCUGCAUUGGCAUCAGUGCUGGCCUUUGUUACUUACUCUGCGACUGGACACCAGCUUGAAGCAUCUGUCAUCUUCGCUUCUCUCACCCUAUUUCAACUCCUUCGUUUGCCUCUGAUGUUCCUUCCCGUAGCCUUUUCGGCCAUUGCCGACGCUCAGAAUGCUACCCAGCGUCUUUAUGCCGUCUUUGAAGCAGAAACACUGGAGGAGACCUUUGAUCGUGAAGAUGACCUCGAUGUUGCCGUUGAAAUCAAAGAUGUUUCCUUCACUUGGGAUGCGCCACCUCCAGAAUCAGUCGAGAGAAAGAAGGGCAAGAAAGACAAGAAGAAGAAAGAGGGAAAGCUAGAAGCUGACCCUUUAUCAGCUGAUGAGGUCUUCGAGAUGAAGGACGUUUCUCUUAGAAUACCCCGCGGACAGCUUGUUGCAAUUGUUGGCGCCGUGGGUGCCGGGAAGACCUCUUUGCUCCAGGGUAUGAUUGGUGAGAUGAGGCGAGUCCCGAAUAUAAAUGGGGAUAAGGGCACGAUUAAGUUCGGCGGGAGUGUUGGAUACUGCCCUCAGAGUGCAUGGAUCCAAAAUGCGACAAUUCGAGACAAUAUUUGUUUUGGUCGGCCCUUCAAGGAAGACAAGUAUCGGCAGGCCGUCAAAGACUCGUGUUUAGAACCUGAUCUUGACAUGCUACCUAAUGGCGACAUGACUGAAGUCGGUGAAAAGGGCAUCUCCUUGUCGGGGGGGCAGAAACAGCGUUUGAAUAUAUGUCGCGCCAUCUACUGCGAUACAGAUAUCCAGAUCUUUGAUGAUCCUCUGUCAGCUCUUGACGCUCAUGUAGGAAAGGCAGUAUUUAAUAAUGUGCUGCGGAGCACCACGCCUGGAAAGACGCGUAUAUUGGUUACUCACGCGUUGCACUUUCUUCCUCAGGUGGAUUACAUCUUUACGAUUGCGGGAGGGCAUAUAGCAGAGCGAGGCACAUACGAUGAGCUUAUGCAGAAAGAUGGAGAGUUUUCAAAAUUCUACAAAGAGUUUGGGAGUAAAGAGGAGAAGGAAGAAGAAGAAGAGGUAGAGGAGGAAGAGGACGCUAUCGAAGGCAUCGGGAAGGAGAGUGUGUCUGAAGGAGAUCUUAAGAAGAAGAUUACUCCCGGGCCUGGACUGAUGCAAGCGGAGGAGCGGAAUACUGGUGCCAUUAGUUGGUCUGUGUAUAAGCAGUACUCGGACGCUGGAAGAGGGCGUGUCGUGUUACCUAUACUGUUUUUCUCCCUUGUCUUUGUCCAAGGUGCGACGGUGAUGGCGUCUUACUGGUUGGUAUACUGGGAAGAAGAUAAAUGGUCUCGCCCACAAGGGUUCUAUAUGGGCAUAUAUGCUAUGCUAGGUGUGGCGCAAGCACUUGCAUUCUUCGUCAUGGGAAGUAUGUUUGCUAUUUUGACGUAUUUCGCAAGUCAGCGUUUGCAUAGCCUAGCUGUUGACCGCAUUAUGCACGCGCCUAUGUCGUUCUUCGAGACUACACCGCUUGGUAGGAUCAUGAACCGAUUUUCGAAAGACAUUGACAUGAUUGAUAAUCUUCUGGGAGAUGCGCUGCGAAUGUUCGCGGGAACGACUUCUUCAAUCCUGGGUGCCAUCAUCUUGAUAGCUAUUAUCUUGCCAUGGUUCUUGAUUGCUGUCUUUUUCAUUCUCAUUGUCUACAUCUAUGCGGCCGCCUUCUAUAGAGCGAGUGCCCGGGAGUUGAAACGACUUGAUGCCGUACUGAGAUCUACAUUGUACUCUCAUUUUUCUGAGUCACUUUCGGGCUUAGCAACUAUCCGUGCAUAUGGCGAAUCUAAACGCUUCCUCAAGGAAAACGAGGAACGGAUCGAUGUGGAAAAUCGAGCUUACUGGCUCACUGUCACCAACCAGCGUUGGCUGGGUAUACGUUUGGACUUUUUGGGGGCUCUCCUAACUUUUAUUGUUGCGAUACUCACUGUUGGGACAAGAUUCAGUAUCUCUCCGGCCCAAACCGGUGUUACACUCUCGUACAUUUUGAGUGUUCAGCAAGCGUUUGGAUGGCUUGUCCGGCAAAGCGCAGAAGUCGAAAAUGAUAUGAAUUCGGUGGAGCGAGUAGUACACUAUGCGACGGAAAUUGAGCAGGAGGCUCCGCAUGUGGUACCUAAUAACAAGGUUCCUGAAUCUUGGCCGUCUGUGGGCCAUGUAGAAUUAAGGGACGUGGUAUUAAGCUACAGGCCUGGACUUCCCUCUGUCCUCAAGGGUAUUUCCAUGACCGUCAAAGCUGGAGAGAAAAUUGGUAUCGUUGGACGAACUGGGGCAGGCAAAAGCUCGAUCAUGACAGCCCUGUAUCGACUGGUCGAGCUUUCCUCAGGAUCAAUUCGUAUUGACGGCGUUGACAUAUCCACUGUCGGGUUGACGGAAUUGCGAAAAGGUUUGUCAAUUAUUCCUCAAGAUGCUCUAUUAUUCUCUGGAACCCUCCGGUCGAACCUUGAUCCUUUCAAUUCACAUGACGAUGCCAAACUAUGGGACGCGUUGAAGCGAUCGUACCUCGUCGACUCGCCGGCAAAGCCGGUCGCGGAUGAGAACGGCGAUUUAUCCACCCCAAUUAACAGAUUCAGUCUCGAUACUGUCAUUGAAGAUGAGGGCGUAAAUCUAUCCAUUGGACAGCGGUCGUUGGUAUCACUUGCGAGAGCCCUGGUUAAGGACUCCAAAAUUCUCAUACUCGAUGAGGCUACAGCAUCUGUUGAUUACGAAACUGACAGAAAUAUCCAAGACACGAUUACCCACGAAUUCCAAGAUCGCACGAUUCUAUGCAUAGCUCAUCGCUUGCGCACGAUCAUUUCAUACGACCGUAUAUGUGUUCUUGAUGCUGGAGAGAUUGCUGAAUUUGACACCCCCUCACAAUUAUACCAAAAGACCAGUGGGAUUUUCAGGGGAAUGUGUGAUCGGUCGUCGAUCACAAUAGAUGACAUCAGGCUUGCUUCUAAGCACGAAAGUGACUAAUGAAUACCAUUUUCACGUUCGCGAUUAGAAUAAUAUAAUCCAGCUAAUUGUACUGGCUAGUACCCGGGGAUCACAUACUAUCGACGUUAUACGAAUAAAAUUCGCAUUCAAUCGACCACCGUUUGCGGAGCUUCCUAAGCGCAAGGACUGAACACCCAAAUCAGGGAGACCACUGAGGAGCUUGGCAUUGCACGACAUGCUCUUUGAACUAUCUUAGGCGACCUCACCGAUCUCUCAUGGGCGCCUCCGACUGAGAAUGGUGAAAAAUGGAACUCUGCCUAAUGAACCCUCCACAGUUGUUCUGGAUCGUGUUGAAGAUAGACCAGCUU